AUGGCGCAAGUUCAUGGUUGCGCUUCUAAAUUCCAGCCUGCGCUUGCAAGUUCGCAAGCGCCUCACCAACUGCUUCGCCGGGUGGAGUCAAGCCCUGGGCCUGGACAUAGCCGGUAUUGUUCAGUUGUACGAAGCAAGUGGACUGCAGCUCUGCUGGCCCCGGCUGUCUUCCGUGCAAUUAAGCGCAGAUGCUCACGCCAAUCCUGUGGACGUCAGCCCUGUCGUACAUCUUUAGCUGCCGCACAGUAUGGAGACGAGUUUGUCGGUGAUGCAGUAGACGUGGAAUUGGCAGAUUCACUGAAGCAACGAACCCUGGAGUCUCUGGACUUGGACUAUGUGCUAGAGAAGCUGCAAGCGUUGUGUUACACGGCUAUGGCAGCAGAGAUGGCUGUGAAUCCGGAGGAGCUGAUGGCAGACACACCUGAAGAAGCGAGAGCGUUGUAUGCAACCGUUCUUGAGCUAACUCAGCUUGAAGAUGCUGAUUUAGAUCUCGAAGAGAAGCUGGACAUUCUCGAGGAGGUCGAGCAGUGCACCCGUGGAGCUGUUUUGGAGAACCCUUCACUUUGCAAGGUUUCCAGAUCCAUCGAGGCCUUGCUGCGACUCCGCAAUGGCUUGGAGGCGGCCAGCGUGCGGGGUGUUCAGAUACCAUCUUUGAUGGCUCUCUGUCAGGAUAUUGAAUUGCCUGACCGGUUGCUGGAUGCCAUCCUAGAGGCCUUCGAUGAAGAUGGUGAGCUGUCCGUGAAGAAGUUCCCAGAACUCGCAGAGCUCCGCCAAAAGGUGAAGGACUUGGAGGACUCCUGCACGCGGGUCAUGUCCGAAGUCACCACGAGCGGAAAGUACUCAGCCUAUUUGGAUCAUGAUGGCUACAUGCAGUUCGGAGGGUACUACGUCCUCCUGGUAAAGCCGCGUCAUGCUGAAAAGGUGGGCAGGAUCUUUGAUUCGACCAGAAGUGGACGUACUGUCUAUGUGGAGCCGCAUGAGGUUGUUCCGAUAACAGAUGAGCUCCUGGACCGUCAGAAGGAGCUGAAGCUGCUGGUUCGCCGCAUUCUCGGGACAAUGUCUCUGGCGCUGUCUCAUUCUGCCGAUGACAUUCGUCGGUGCCUGAAGGCUGCGGCCCGCAUCGACUUAGCGCGUGCUCGACUGUUUCUAGGGGAGGACAUGGAGGGAGAGGUGCCCAAGGUUGGAGAUGAUGGAAUCAUAGAUGUGAAGCAGGCACGAAAUCCCUGUCUGAUUCUGCGCGGCGGCAAGAGAGUCGUUGGCUAUCGCCUCGAGCUGGGCAAAUUCAGUCAGGGCUUGCUCCUGACGGGUCCAAAUGCCGGAGGGAAAACCGUGGUUUUAAAAACCAUGGGUCUGCUCGCGUUGCUGGCACGCUGUGGCAUCCCGGUGCCUGCAGGCGAGUCCCCGCGAGUAGAUUUCUUUGAGGUGGUCCUGGCAGAUGUGGGUGACAUGCAAACCAUUGUCGAUGACUUGUCCACCUAUUCUGCCCACCUCGUAGCGUCUCGCAUCAUGUUGUCCAGUGUGCAGCACGUUGGGCCCCGAGCCAUGGUGUUGGUGGAUGAGGCCGGUACUGGAACCGAUCCGCAGCAAGGGGCAGCUUUGGCUCGAGCCAUGCUGGAGGCAUUUCUGGACUCGGGGGCGCGAAUUGUUGCAACAACACACUGUGUUCAGCUCAAGAACUGGGCAACAGAGGACGACAGAACAAUGACUGCUGCGAUGGAGUACAAGAGCGGGCGGCCAACAUAUCGGCUGGCAACAAACAUGGUUGGGGAGUCUCAUGCUAUGGAGACGGCCCAGCGGCUUGGACUUCCUGGCUCGCUGGUGGCUCGCGCAGUGGAACUUCUAGGUGACGAUCAGAGGCAGCUGAUAGCAUUGCAGCGCAAGGCAGCUGACGCAGAAAAGGAUUUUGAGUCAGCGCGUGUAGAUGCCGAACAGCGAGAGGCUGCAGCCAGGACAGCAAUCGCGGAAGCAAAUGCGAAGGAAGCAGAGCUGGCGCGUCGUGAGGUUGAGGUUGCUGACAUGGAGGCCAAGCUGCAAGCCAGAACGUCGGCGCUGCAACGACAGAUGCAAGCAGAGCUGCAGGCACAGAUGGCUGUUAAAGAAAGACAGUUCCAGGAUGUGGUGCAGCGCCUGAAGCUGGAGACUCAGAAGCUUGGCUCGCGCUUUCGAAUAGUUGGUGACGUACUCGAGGAUUUGAAGGUUGAGGUGGAUCAGGAAGCGGAGGCGAAGUACCAGGCUCAGAACCAUCUUCAGCCGGCGGUACCCGGCGCGAUGGCUGCCAAUCAUCUCUUGAGUCCAGGCGAUUGGGUCGAGGUGUUGGCAGCACCCCCAUGGCGCGGCCUCAAGGGCCAGGUGGAAAGGAUCCAUCUGGCCAAUGGUGCUGCACCUCGCGUGUCAGUCCGAUUGGGUGCGAACGGCAAAGUCAAAGAGUUCUUAAAGACAGAGCUUGGCAGGACAUCAAAGCCUCAGGGGGCACGCAAGAUCGCCAAGCCCAAGGGGGAGGCUGCCGAGCCAACGCGUGACUACAGUGCGAUGGCCUUCUGA